AUGAAGCUCUCGCACACUUCGCUCCUCGCCGCCUGCGUGCCGGCCAUCUCGGCCCGCUUCAUCGAGACGCACGAGCGCGCCGUAGCCGAUGCCAACACGCACGUCGAGCUGUACCCCAACACGGAGAAGUUCCUGGUCGAGACGUCGCCCGGCGAGACGAAAUGGGUCACCGAGGAAGAUAAGUGGGAGAUGAAGAGGAAUGGCCAGAACUUCAUGGACAUUACCCACACCCGCGAGCUCGGCAAGCACAUGCAAGUUCGCUCCCCCGUCGCGUUCCCGAGCAAAUGCGUUAAGCAGGACGCCGUCGGCAAGCUUUCCAAGAACCUCGACAAGAAGCACAUGAAGCAGAACCUCGAGAAGCUCACGAGCUUCCACACCCGGUACUACAAGUCCGACUACGGCCUGCAGUCGUCGGACUGGGUGCUGGCCAAGGUCGAGGAGAUUAUCAAGGACGCAGGCGCGCAGGGCUCGGUCCACGCGGCAAGCUUUCCGCACUCGUGGAGGCAGCACUCAGUUAUCGCGACCAUCCCCGGGCAGAGCAACAGCACCAUCGUCAUUGGCGCGCACCAGGACUCGACGAACCUCUGGCUGCCGUCCAUCCUCGCCGCGCCCGGCGCCGACGACGACGGUAGCGGGACCGUGACUAUCCUGGAGGUGUUCCGCACGCUGCUCAAAUCCAAGGACGUGAUUGAUGGCAAGGCGCCCAACACGAUCGAGUUUCACUGGUACAGCGCGGAGGAGGGCGGCCUGCUCGGCAGCCAGGCCAUUUUCCAGUCGUACGAGCAGAGCAACAGGGACGUCAAGGCCAUGCUGCAGCAGGACAUGACGGGAUACGUGCAGGGAACUCUGGACGCCGGCGACCCGGAGAGUGUCGGUGUCAUUGUCGACUACGUCGACGCCGGCCUGACCAAGUUUAUCAAGACGGUGAUUGAAGAGUACUGCAACAUCCCCUGGGUCGAGACCAAGUGCGGAUAUGCCUGCUCCGACCACGCUUCGGCGUCCAAGGCCGGCUACCCGUCUGCGUUUGUUAUUGAGUCGGCAUUUGAGAACUCUGACCCCCACAUCCACUCCACGGAGGAUUUGAUCAAGUACCUGUCGUUUGACCAUAUGCUAGAGCACGCGCGCAUGACGCUCGGCCUCGUGUACGAGCUGGGCUUCCACGAGUUUGACAGCAAGCAGGAGAAUGAGCCGGGUGAGCUGUAA